AUGGCGAGUGAGAAAUCAAUUCCGUACGAGGAAUGGGCCGACGAGAUGGAAAAAAUCAAGUCAUGGUACCUUUGCGAAGACAAGACUUUGCUCGCACACGUGCAGGUACCUCCGACGAAAUAUGACAACAUUCAUCAGUUGGUCGGCGCCACGCAAGGCUUGGCCAUCAGCUGCACUCAAGAGGGCACGAGACUAGUUACGGUACGACUCAUUGCCGACGACGCAAUCGACCGACAAGUUCUAUCGAGCGAUGUCCAACAUCUGGUGCAGCAUGUGACGACAUACGAGAAGGUCCAAGCACUCACAUCCGCCAUGCAAAGUUGCGAGGAUCAUCAACUCCUCUUCAUCGACGUGGACGAACAGUCGACGCUCUCCUACGCUCUCGCAGUUCUCGACAUUGCCCGAUGCAUCAACAACGUACCAACACCGAAAUUGCGGAUCAUAUGGCUGUCUUCGUUGCCUCUCAAUCCCCAGCUGGGCAGAAUGAUGGCCGUCUUCACCGAGAAGAGGAAGUUACCCGUCACAACCUUCAAGAUGCCGAAACCACAAGGCCAGAUGGCAUGGGACGAGCUGGAGUGGAUCACAUACCCAGUAUCCGACGUUGAGUAUCAACAAAAUGUGGCAGAGAGAUUGGCGCAGGACUAUGGGGUGAUUGAAGGUCAAGAAGAGGAGUACAAGAAAACGAAGACGGUACUAUUCUACCAUGAGAAAAGCAACGCCAAAGUAUCGGAUUAUGGCCCAAUCACAGAAGCCCUCGGGCGUCUCGUGGGAGACUCAUUUGUCCAGCUUCAUGGGAACGACGCCGAGCCGACCGAUCGCGGAUGUAUUGUGCCCUUCGGCAUCGAGCUGAGCCAGUCACGUUUGGAAAUGGGUGGGGCAAGGCAUCUGGUUCUCUGCAAGGAAAGGACAAUGGAGGUAUACGAUCGUCGGAUUGGGCACGUCGUCCGAACGACAGCGCGGCUGAAAAGACACGAAUUGAUGGUCCAGGUGGGAUGUGCGUUUGAGAAGGGAGUCAAUCCAGAGAACAUCACAGUGCACUCGCAGCUGUCCUUGGCGGAUAUCAUGAGCGCCGAGCAGGGCCGAGAGUUUGACGAGCUUCAUCAAGAAGCCUUCUUUCUCAAGGCGAUGGCAAGGUACGCCGACGUCAACAUCGGUCGCAUGGGGAAUUGGUUCGCGUGCAAUUAUCAACGGAUGCAAAAGACCAUUCAAGGUCUCGAGAUCCUGGGACUGGUACGACACAGAGACAAUUCCGCCGCCGUCUUUGACUACCAAUUGAGGGACGAUCGUGCCUUCAAGGUCACCCGCCUUCUCGCAUUGACUGACAACAACGUGUCGGCGGCUGCGUUCUUGUCCUUUGUAAACGACGACACGGAGAGCAGUGUAUCGGCAGCCAUGGUGGACAUUGUGGCCAUCAUUCUGGAGUUUUACGGCCCGUACGACUUCGUGGUCGUGGCGAGGGAGAUCCUCAGUGAUCGUCAACCUGGUCCCAUUCAGGCGGUCUUGAAGGAAUGUCGUGACGUGCCCGAUAACGUCAUUUGCACGGGCGCCAUAUGGCUUCUGGGCAUCUAUCGUCUGUAUGGCCCCAUGUCCAAUACUGGCUCCCAGGCGUACGCGACUGCCCGUGCUGGAGGUAUCAUUCUCAUGAGCCCCAUGAGAUGCGCUGCCAUAUGGGAAAGAGCAAAGGAUAUUGGAGCUGCUGUGGGAUUCUCUCGCUCAUCUCUCUCCGAUCUGAAGCUCCCUCAAGAGCACGUGGAGUCUGUCGAGAUGUACAUGAUCCGCGCUUGGCUCCAAAACCUCUGCCACAGUCCCGUGAAAUUCAACCCAGUCAAUAUCUGGUCUGGGUGUCUCGUCUCCAUCGAUGGAAAAUACGGGCCAAUUCGAAUGAAAUUUGGCCAUGACGUUGUCUUCCUUGCUUUCAGGAUGACGAGGGCAAAUGAAAGAUUUUCCGCUGGCUUUGCGACUACAAUUUCAAUUAAAGGCCUGGUGGAGGCUCUCAAGGCCUCUGGAGUCACGGUGGAGGACAUUGAAGCAUUUUGA